AUGGCGGACACUGUCUCGAAGCAUCGAGCUGAGUUUGCCUUUGCUCAGCUUGAGAACGAGAGAGCUCUGACAUCUCUUCGUGACGAGCUAAGGGUAGCUCGUGGGAUUGUUGAUCGGUCUCGGGAUGAGAUAACUGCUCUUCAGACCCUUGUCGAUGCCCACCAUCGGGAGCACAAGGCUCUCUGCAAGAUGCUUGAGCGCAAGGGCGUUCUUCAUCGGAAGAAGCAGCGUACUGAUGGUACAGCUUAA